AUUUUUAACAGAUAACCUAUCAUUUUCCGUCUGACUUCGGUAAAAGCUUUAUUGGAUAAAUGCGUAUAUUUUUAGGACCUGAGGUAUUCGAAAUCCAUUUAGUAGUAGCGUGUAUUUUUAUAGUUUUAGAGUAUAGGUUAUGAAGUGUAACAUUUAAUCCACUGUAUAUAGACAACAUAUAAAAGAAAAAUGGAUACCCCAAAAGAGCACACAGAAAACGAAAUAAAAAACGAUAAACCGAAGGUUGUCAUAUCAGAACAUAAGCCACGCAAAAGACGUUUACAAGUGGGAGAUCCCGAUUUCGCCCCGCCAGAUGGAGGUUGGGGUUGGCUGAUUGUCUUCGCAUGCGGAUUUAGUAAUUUAAGUACGUUUCCAAUGUUCCAACAAUUUGGUUUAGUAUUUAGGCAAAGAUUUAAAGAGUUAGGGAUCUCAUCGGCACAGACGACUUCGGUGAUAAAUAUGAAUUCAGCCUUUAAUGCUGGCAUGGGAUUGAUAAACGGUCCGUUAUUUAAAAAAUUCAGCUACCGAAAAGUAGCAAUGUUCGGAUCACUUCUGGUGGCCACCUCAUUAUUUUUAUGCCGUUUCUGUGAUAGCUUUUGGGGCUAUAUGAUCCUUUACUCGGCAUGUUACGGCUCUGGUAUCGGUAUAACACAAUCGUCAAACGCCCUGGCCCUAAACACGUAUUUCAAAGAAAAAAGACGAAUUGCCACGGGAUUCUCGUGGACCACAACUGCCCUGGGGCCCAUUGUUUGGCCGUAUAUUAUUGUGGUCCUGAACUCUCUUUACGGGAUAGAGGGGACCCUACUUAUAUUCUCUGGAUUCGCCCUUCACGCUUUUGUUUGCUCUUUGCUACUUCAACCUGUUGAGUGGCACACGAAGUUUAAGGAAUCAGAUCCAGAAUCUGCUGCUCUAAUUGAAAACGCCCAAUCAGAAGUUCAAACGAAGGCCAAAAACGAAUGGACAAAAAUCAGGAAAAAUUUAAGCUUUUUCUCUAGUCAGUACCUGCACAAUGAAGACGACCCUGUGCAUACAGGUUAUGAAAUCAUGGAUCCUGGUACACCCAUGAUGCUUAAAUCGAACGAUGGAUGGUAUUCAAGAUCAAAUAUGGGAUCCAGACAGUCACUGGCCUCCAGCAAGAGCUAUAAACGGUUAGACUCAGUAGGCUCUAAACCUGGAUCAAAACCGAUAUCUGCUAAACCAUCAAUUACCAAUCUACCAGAAUUUGGUCGUGAUCGCUCAAACUCUCAAGCCCAAGUCAAAAGAAAACAUUCCCAAAUUAAUAAGCCAACCAUCACUGAGGAGAUAGAGCCUGAUCAAAGCUCAGAAGACCAUAACCAGCUUCUUAAAGAGAACAAAAUUCUUCAAGAGGCGGUUGAACUCUUAAACCAUCAAUACGAAGAGAAAAAGCAGCAGCAAGAAAACUACGAAACUAGUAAAGAGAUUGUAGAAGACAAAAAAGAUGAAGCAUUAAGCAUAUGGAAGAAAAUCUUAAUAUUUUUCGAUUUCGAGUUGUUUAAAGAUACCACAUACGUCAACCUUAUGUUGGGGAUAACGAUAGCUAACUUUGCAGAACUGAACUUCUCCAUAUUAACUCCAAUGGUGCUGCAAGAAUUUAAAUUUGAACAAUUCCAGACAGCAACUUUCAUGUCACUCCUUGGCGUUGCGGAUAUUAUUUCUAGAUUCUUUACACCCUUCAUCGCUGAUAAGAUUGGAUGGGAAAACAAAACGUUUUUCUUAAUAGGUGUCUUGGCCAUGGCAUUAGGUAGAGUAAUUUUGGUUCAUACUCAGACAUAUAUUUGGGGAUUAAUUGUGGCAGUUCUAAUAGGAACAGGAAAAGGUUUAAGAACGAUUUUCAUAGCACUCGUUAUUCCAUCUUAUGUGCCUUUGGAAAGAUUGCCAGCAGCAUCUGGUUUACAAUUGGCCACCAGUGGACUACUGUUUGUUGCUCUUGGACCAGUUAUUGGUUGGAUACGAGACGCUGUGGAUAACUACGUAAUAACCCUUCAUCUACUUAACAUUUGUACUUACAUAACUGCCGUAGCGUGGAUCUCUCAAGACAUAUUUUCCAGCAAAAAGAAAAAGCAUCAGGAAGUAGAUAAGAAACCAACAAAUUCUUUUAAAACACCAAAGUAACCUCAUUAAUUUUAAUUUAUAAGCAUUUAUAUUUAAUGCAAAUUAUUGUGUUAUUUAACUCAGGUCAAUAUUGGGAUUAGCUUAUUAGGGAGUAGUUUUACUAGAUGGCAUUAGAGGUUUCGGUUGCAUGAUCAUAUUUGGAAUAUAAUUUUUUUUAUACUAUACUACCUUUGAGUAUGCGAUAUAUUGUGAAUACAAACUUAAUUUUUAAGAAGAUAAAUAAAUAUAAAUUUUUAUUGUUUUA